GGAAUAUACGGAAUGUUAUUUUGAUAUACAAAGGAUGUGACUGGUGAGUAAACAGCACAGAAGGAUCUUGUUUUGAACCCUAUAGGAGCUGAAAUAAAAUCAACGCUGCGAAAGAGGUUAUACUGUUAUCACAUUCUUUUAGUGGCUAGAGAACUGCUCGCAGAACGUUGCAGUGUUCCAGUAGCUAUUAGGAUUUCAGACAAUCAAGAGUCAAGAGGCUUUGGAUGAUAAAUACACAUUACAGGUGAUAUACCAUGCAGUUAUCCUAUGGGAGCGUCUAUGCUAAGUGAACAAUUACAACUCUGAUUGGUGACUGGAUUCUCCGAUACAAAAUGAUUGGAAGUGAAAUAAACAUUUAUCACCAUGCAUCACGCCAAUAGUCAAAGGAUAUAUAAAUGUUCAUUUACGUCCAAAUGAAUCUCUCCUCGUCGAUUGGGAUCUUCCCUACGGUGCUAUCUCGAGACACCGUCGUAUGGUUGAUUCAGGCUUAGGCAAUAGAUCUAAGUAUUAAUCUAGCUAACAUCGGAUGCUCAUGUAGACAAGCCGACAGGCGGAGGAAAUUAAACUAAAAAUUCAUAUUGAUAUCUGGCACUGAACUAAGAUGGGAGGCCUGAUUGAUCCAUACCUGAUAAGGUAGUUUGUGCGUGAGACAUUAUUCCAUCCAUGAUUUUCCCGAUCAGUUCUAUUUAAGCUGAAUAAAUACUAAUAAGAUAACGUCUUACAAUAAUGCAGGGGUGAGUUUAGACACGGUGUUCGGUCAAAUUAAAUCAGCUCGAAGAAAAUGGAUUAGAUUUUUCAGAUCGUGUUGGAUUAAGUGCGAUAUAAAUCAGGCUGGUUUUGCGUUAAGACGACAGGUAAGCAGAUAGAAAGCUUAAAGCAAUGAUAUUCUGCUGCUGUAGGCGGCCUGAGCCGCAACCUAAAUUUGACAGUGAAGAAGUCGACCUCGCUGCAGACCUGGCGAAGUUGGAAGCUACAUUUAGUAAUGGUAGGCCGGGGAAUCUACCAGUCGUCACAUUUGGUGAUGAUGAUGAGACUGUGAAACUUUGUGGCGGUGACGAUGCGGGGCCCGAAUCGUCAAAACGUGACCUCAAUCACCGUAGAUCGACCAGUGCUAGUGGUACCUCAACUGGAUCAGUAGACCGUGGAGACAGAGGGUCAUAUAGGAGUCGACAUGGUAGCGCUAAGUCUAAUGAAUCAAACACUGCUGUUGAUGAUAAACAGCCAAAAAAUGGCGAUAAAAGUACUUUUGAGGUUAACGGUGAAGUUAAAAACGUCAAGGAAAUCUCUGUGUUCGAAGCACCUGAUUUCCCUUACUGUCCACAUCCGGUUGAAGGACCAGAUCGAGAGGAGAACACUACAGUAGAUAGAGAACAGACUGAUGACGGAUAUGUAGUCCGACAAACCACUACCGAAACGUCGCGGCAAAAAGUACUCCGUUUAAAAUCUGCUGAGGCCACGCCGGCAAUUGUUGGCAUGCAACACAAAGACGUUGACCAAGAUGGUAUCAAACUUUUUCAAAUGCAUUUUGAUGUUAGUAAAUAUAGUUUUGACGAUAUGGAGCUUAAGGCUGUUGACAAUACUCUUGUCGUGAUACAUAAGAAAAACGAACGUGUCGGAGCAAGAAAAUAUAAAAUCAGAGAACAAUCAAAACAGUUUGUUUUGCCAAAUGGAGUGGAUAUCGGAACUAUUAAAGCAACAUGGUGCAGUGAUAAUAUUCUAGUGAUUGAGGCUCAAGUUUAUGAUUGUGAUAAUGUUACGUUUCUCUGACCAUAGAGUUAGUCGUUGCCGACGGAGAUAAACAACGCAAGAUUAGCAGUAGAGCGGAUAUUGAUAGAAAUGAUAUUUUUCGCACGGUUCGAAGAUAUGUGCUAAUUCGAAUUAAAGCCACAGUCUCCAGUACAUUAAGGAAAUAAUCUGCCUAUGUUUAGAACAGGAUGACACUGGCGCUUGCUAUACCCAAAUAUUAAAUUGUCGCCACGCCAUUUGAUAAAAUUGAUGAAACAUUUGGACAUGGCAUCAAAUGACAUAACUGUGAACAAAUCCUGUUAAUUGAAACUUUAACAUACGUCUGCAUGUUGUAUGCAAUGUUCAUUUCAAAAGGAGGGUAACUUAUUUCACAACCCCUUGAUUCUCAUCUUCGCACGCUCGGUCUUCA